UGUGUACCUUCCCUACUCAAUACUGUAAUUCGGAGAGGUAUGAAAGAAGGUGUAAUCCCUGUUCUAGGGCUAUCUGUAGGCAAACAAAUGUUCCGUUGGCGUGCCGGUAUAUUUGUUUAAAGCAGAAUGAAUUAACAACAACUUUGAAACCAACAACAAUUACCUCACCACAGGCGAGACAUGGGACUGAUGUGCAAAAUGAUUCAGGCUCAGUACAUCUAAUAAUGAUAUACAGCGCUAUCUCUUCAACUCUGCUAGUGGUUACACUGUUAUCUUUUAUCGCAUAUUAUAUUCAUCGUAAAAAAGUUUCGAAAGAAAAGAAAACAAAAAAUCAAAGUCAAACAAUACAUUACAGAACUAAUACAAGAACAUGUUCAGUAGAUAACUUAUUCCAGGAGAGUACUUUGGAAAACCAGGGAGUUUGUCAUUAUUGCGGACAUUCACCUAGGCCUGAAAAUCUUAAUAUUCAUAUAGCAGAAAACAGUGUUGGUCCACCUUCUUAUAGAACUUAUGAUCAAGGACGGCCUGUUUCCACAACAGGCUCACCAAGUGACAGCACAGAUUCGGUACCGAGUUCCACUACUAAAACAGUACUGGUUAAACCUUUGGCGUCUGUAAGACCACCAGCCAAGGUUAACAAAAACAAAGCAGCGUGCAACGCCAAUGAAAUAAGUGACUCUAGUAUGCAAACACAUGAAAUAGAAAGUUUACUUGAUAGUCAUGAGGCAAAUGACACUGAAGAAACAAGUCGUAAAGGUUCAAAUAUCUGAAGACAAUUAUGUGACUUAGUCUUUACACAGUCAAGACCGUAGUGCCCUGCUGAACGGCAAAUUUCACAAAUACGUCACACGUACAAAAUGUGUCAAAAUUUGCGAAAUAUCGUAGUAAACACCUAGCCCCCUUGCAAGAGAAACGGAAUUUUCACAUGUUUUAAGGUGAUGAAAAUUGUUUGCGAGAAUAAUGUCCACAUGCCCAAACGUCACACAAUUCACGCUUUGUAUUAAGAUAGACAAGAAAAAUAAUGCUGGCAUGCUCAGAUUAUCAAGCAUUGGGUCAUUGGAUCACGGGUCAAGUUCAUAUACCAAGUGAAAAUGCUGUAUUAUUCUGCACUAUAAACUUUGCUAAGUUCGAGUUCACAAAUAUAAUUGUAUAGUAACUUUUGUGGUUAGAAUCCGAUUCCAUAUCAAUUCUAAAAAAAAUAACGUUAAAUGUUAAUGUUUUGAUGAAUGUUUUACUGCAAUGUUGUGCGUGCCAGUUUAAAAUUUGUAGUAUACCGUUACUGUACCAGCACUAUUUACAAAUGUUGUGCUGAAUGUCGUAUUGAAUGCCUUGCUACCACAAUGUUUUGUGUUUCUGCAAUUUAAUACAUGAUUUCUAAUCGCUGCACAGAAUGUUGUACAAGCAUAACAUCCGGGCUUGGCUAUUUGAAUGUUGUGCUUAUGUCGAACUUUAAACACUCUGCCAUUCUCCCUACAUGUUUCCUUUCGUCUGAUAUUUUACACUAAUUUCCUUAGUCUCUCUAUUGUGAUAUAUUUUCUAAUUCUUAUUUGUACAUUCAAAGAGAUUACAUCUAACUGCAACAUUUCUGUAUCUUUAUUUUGAAAUUUUACCUUUACUUAUAAGUAUUGUUUUACUUGUUAUCCAAUUCAGUCUGAUUUUCUUUGUUGUGAAAUGUUUGUUAAUGUUGUUAAUGUACAAUUUAUUGUAUGAAUAAAGUUUAAAGUAAACACUCUGCCAACUUCACAGUCACUUUUACAUUUUUAUCAUAUUAUUAUAUACACGUAUAUUACCAUGAUGUCUAUGAUAUCGAUAUAAAAAUAAGUAUUACAAUGUUGAUCAUUUGAUUGCUGUAUUAAGCGUGCUUUGUCAUUUUUAUUUAUUUAUUUUAUUAUUUAUUUAUUUAUUUAUUGGUUUCAAAAUGACCAUAGCAUAAACGUGUCACAUUCUUUGGACAAUGUUCAAAAUCACUUGCCUUCUAGGUUAGAGACUUUGCAAUGUAUAUAACAAGCUAGUACAAAGUUUGUAGUUCUACUUUAGUAAAGCAGAUAUAACAUU